AUGUCGCACCUUACACUAGCACACAAGGGCCUUCGGGCGUUGGAGGAGAAGAGCUGGGACACGGCCGUGACGAUGCUCUCAAAGGCUCUGCUGAGCUCCACCAACCCAGCCUGGCUUUUGGCCCGGUCAAAGGCCCUUGCAAAUCUAAAGCGCUAUGACGAGGCCCUGGUUGAUGCCGAAGUCGCCUUCCUCACAGCCCAUGACCGAAACAUCCGAGAUCUCAUGUUCCAAGCCCAACAUCGACGGGCCUUGGUCUACUUCUCUCUGGGACAGUUUGCUAACGCCGACUGCUGCAGCAUUUACGCCAUGCGUCUGUGCAAGGGGCUCCCUGCGUUGGAAAAGGACGACAUUAGGGCUCUACAUUCUGAUGAGACUGGGUACUGGACCGCGACGCUGGAGGAAGCAACAAAAGAGGCACAGAGCGAAUGGUUCCACCAGUCGAGAGACGAAGGAUUCGCCAGGGAUGCCAAGAAUCCAAUGCCCUUGUUUAAGGAAUGGCAACGAGCGAGUUUGCUACGUAUUCAGAGCCUGAAGGCCAUGAGCAAGCUGCCUGAAGACGACGUAGCCAGAAAAGUAACCAUCAGUGCAGACCCCCGACACAAGGAUCUUGCCGUCACAAAGACGGAGAGCAAUGCCCAGGACAAAAUACCCGAUGCGGUAGAUCCCCAGCCAGCAACACGGAAGUCAGCAGCCCCCUGCAACCAACCGCUCCGCAUGCAAGACUAUCAGACCGACUCGGCUAUAAUGGUGUCCAUUUUCACCAAAGGGGUUGACAAACAGAAGCUGCAUGUUGAGUUUUUCGACGACUCUGUGCUCCUCGACCCUCUUGUCUAUCCCAACGGCGAAGAGAAGGAACUUGUAAUUGAAACGCAUUCCCAAAUCAAGCCGUCAGCCUCGAGUUUCACCGUCACUCCUAGCAAAGUCGAGUUGCGCCUCGGAAAAAAGUCACCCGGAAGAUGGCCACGGUUGACCAAGGAAGACCCUCGAGGCCAAGAGUUUGACGGAGGGAAGAACAAGCUGGAAGGACUUCAAGAUGCCGGGAAAAUAGUCGGCGAGGCUGCCGGCGCGGAGGCUGAACAGAGUAUCAGCGGAAAGGAAGCAGAACAAGUCGAUGGCAAGGCUGGCACAAGUGAGCACCAUGGGGAUAAAUCAUCCCCUAAAGCGACGAGCGCCAAAGCCCGCGAGGCCGAACCAGCUUCCAAGCCAGGCGGUCCGGCAUAUCCUACUUCAUCGCGUAGCGGGCCCAAAAACUGGGACGCGAUUGGAGCCGAUAGCGACGAAGAGGAAUCUAAUGUCGACGACUUUUUCAAGAGGCUAUACAAGAAUGCCUCGGAAGAACAGAGGCGCGCAAUGAAGAAGAGUUUCGUCGAAAGUAACGGCACCAGUUUGAGUACUGAUUGGAGUGACGUGGGGAGCCGCACGGUGGAAGUGGUAGCCCCUGAGGGUGUCGAGGCCAAGAAGUGGUAG